AUGGGCUGGUGGACAGCUACAGUGGGUAUUGGAUUCCCUGAAAUCCGGAUAGAAGUAGUGACCUUGAUUACAGGACAUGGAACGUUGGCCUGGUAUUUCAAGAAAGGAGAAGUUGCACAAGGACCUUUCACUAAUUUAAUUUGGGCCAAUGGUCAGAACAACAUAAAGAAUUAUAGACACCAGGGGCCUCGUGUGAAGAUUUCAGAUGUUGUCAGAUGUGACCAGACCGCGGUUAUUACCAUCACCACCAUGAAUCUCACCCUCCCUUCUUAUUUCCUCCUGAGUGGACUCCCCGGAUUAGAACAUCUCCAUGUUUGGAUUUCUUUGCCCGUCUCUUUCAUGUACUUAGUUGCUUUGUUGUCUAAUUUUUGCGUUCUGUUCGUCAUAAAAACCGAGCCAAGUCUCGACCAACCCAUGUAUCUCUUCCUCUCAAUGUUAUUAGUCACAGACCUCGUCCAGUCUAAUUCCACUGUCCCCAAAAUGCUUCUUAUCUUCUGGUUCAACCAUCGAGAGAUCAGCUUUGAGGGUUGUCUGGUCCAGAUGUUCUUCAUCCAUGCCUUCUCCAUUAUGAACUCAUCUGUGCUCUUGGCCAUGGCCUUUGACCGCUAUGUGGCGGUGUGUCACCCGUUGAGGUACGUUACCAUUCUCACCACCUCUGUCAUCACAAAGAUUGGCAUAUUGGGGGCCAUGAGAGGAAUUCUCUUGAUGUUACCGGAACUGUUACUGCUCAAGAGGCUGCCAUUUUGUCAGAACCAUAUUAUAAAACAGACCUAUUGUGAACACAUGGCAGUAGUCAAGAUCUCCUGUGGUGACUUUAGGAUUAAUAGUUACUAUGGGCUAUUUGUCGCUCUCUCGGUGGCGGCAGUAGAUAUCGUGUGUAUCGCAGCGUCUUACACCUUGAUAGUGAAGGCCGUCCUGAGGAUUUCAUCUAGCGAGGCUCGGAGUAAAGUUGGAAACACUUGUGUCACUCACAUCUGCGUCAUUCUUGUGGCUUACAUCUCAGAGCUCUUCUCAUUUCUGUCUCAUAGGUUUGGGGGACAUAUGGUGGUGUCUACUCAGAUCAUUCUGUCCAAUAUUUACCUGGUUUUUCCUCAAAUGUUUAAUCCAAUAAUAUACGGAAUCAAUACAAAAGAGAUUCAGAAGAAUGUGCUAAAAUUUCUUAUAGGGGAUGUUUACGUUAUGAAGUAUUGGGACGCACACCAGCCCGAUGCGGCUGCAGUAGAAUUCUACUCUACGGGGAUCAGGUCUGGAUUUAAGUUACAAGUAGUUCAGAGUGCUGUUUAG